CGUAGAUUUACGGUAAAGUCAGACGUGUAUCUAUCAGGACAUUUCCUCCCUUAACAGCUGCAACAUGAAUGAUUCCUAUGAGCCGUCGCUUGUUUAUCUGAGACAGUAGACUCAUGAAUUAUAAAGAGGAUGUCAUCCAACUUGGCGUUAUACUUGGAGAAUCAACAAAAACACCCCGGGAUGGAUAGCGAAACAGGGAUCAUGUCUAUCGAUCAGGGAGGAGAGUGGGACAUAAGCCUGUUCGAUGAGCUCGACUACAUGGGAGAUGCAGAAGAGCUGCUUCAGGCCUUGGAGCAUGGCAGCUUUGCCAAUGAGGGUCCAGACCUGGACUUUGAUAUUGACAUACUGCCGUGGAAUCAAGGGGACACGAGCAGCACCUGCACAGAUGGUGAGGUGAGCGUGGACUCUCUGUCACCUGCCCACACUUUGAGCUCCGUCCCCUCCCCUGGCUCUGUGGAGGCCCUGUCCCCAUACUUCCUACAAGAUGAGGCUCUAUCUCCACAAUCUCAGCUCUCUCCUAUUUCAGUCUGCUCAGAGUCCAGCAGCUAUUCUGUAAACUCUCCACCAGCUAAGAAAGCUCCGAAGAGGAACAGCCAGGCGGCACGAGCCAGACAAGCUCAGCCAAUCAAGAGGCCGAUUCAGAUUGGCCCGAAGAUUUCCAUCCAGCCGAAGCAUCUGAUUACAGCUGUGCCCCUGGCUCAUGCUGCAGCCCCCCUGCAGACAAAGACAAUCAUCCUCCAGCCCCUGCAGACCACUGUGCUGCCGGUCAUCAAACAAGCUCCGAUCAGCAUCCAACCAGCGCCCUCUCCAGGACGUCCCAUAGUGCUGCCAAGCCAGGUGCUUCAGAUCCAGACAGCAGGGGCAAUGACCGCCAAUGUGGUCACCAUGCCAACGCGCACCCAGGACAGGCCCGUCCCCGUCGCUUCCCCUUCAUCGGUCUCGGUCACGCUGCGCUCCCCUUCCUCCGAUGAUGAUUCAAAGAUCUCCCAGAGGCAGCAGCGCAUGAUAAAGAACCGCGAGUCGGCGUCCAUGUCUCGGAAAAAGAAGAAAGACUAUCUGCUCUCCCUGGAAGCUCGCCUGAAAGUGGCACUGUCUGAAAACGAGUUGCUCAAGAGUGAGAAUGGCAACCUGAAGAGGCAGCUGGAUGGGAUGCUGAGUGAGAACGUGGUGCUGAAGGUAACGGCGCCCAAGAGGAGAGCCGUGUGUCUCAUGGCGGUGUUGGUGUUCGUCAUGCUUAACGUCGGACCGAUGAGUCUGUUUCAGGGUGGCCCGGGCUCCAAACUCAGAGAUGUGUCCAUGCAGCACGGCGGCAGACACCUGUUGGGUUUCUCCUCAGAGGCAGAAACUGAGGCUGUGAUGGACUCCGAUUCCCUCGGCAGUGGCCCCUCUGAGAUGGGCGACAGCUCUGAAGAUAAGGCCCUGAUGGUGCUGAAGGAUCCCCUCUUCCUCAGACCCCCUCCCCCCUGCCAGCCCCCUGUUAACAGGACCAAGUGCUUAGAGUUGGCGCAUGAGUUGAGAGGCUGGGUCCACCGUCAUGAAGUGCAGCAGACCAAAUCCAGGCGCAUGAGUAACGGCAAUCACAAACCCACAAGGACCAUUCUGAAAACAGAGAAUAAGGACGAUGCCCAGAUUCUGACUGUCCGAUACACAGAAACUCCCGAGGAAAAGAACCCUGGCAAUGAGCUGCAGGUUUUCCAAGCUCCUUAUCACACAUACAGCGACUUCUUCGAUGAGCUCAACCGUCGUGGCGACACUUUCUACGUGGUGUCUUUCCGCAGGGACCAUCUCCUUCUUCCUGCCACCAGCCACAACAAAGGAAGUCGACCGAAGAUGUCUCUGGUGUUGCCAGCCAUGAACAUAAACGACAGCAUCAUAAGGGACAAAGACUACGAGGUGAUGAUGCAGAUCGACUGUGAAGUAACGGACACGAGGAUCAUCCACAUCAGGUCGUCCUCCAUCCCGCCUUUGCUCCGGGUCAAUCGCACCGAGACAUUUUACCAACACUCCCCGACUGACAGCCAGACCCCGCCUCCUGCCAAUGUGCUAAUGGGGUCUGCUUAAGAUGGACAGCAGCACCUGUUAUUAUAUAUAACCCACCAACAAAACCCACGAGGACAAACCGAAGAUGAGGCUUCAGUUAACACUCUCUUUGUGUGAUGAAGUAUUUUCUGAACUCCCGCUGACUUCAUGUUUUUUCGAUUAAGUAUUGCAACACAAUGGUAGCUCAAUUUGUCAGUACUAGUCCACUGCACUCUUUAUCCGGGCUAAUAUCCGGAGGUAGUCUGUAAUAGGGUCCGCUAGCUCCUUGUGUGGCAACACUUACUUCUCGCUGUAACCCCAGAUGCCCCACAUAAGGGUAAUUGCUAAACGGCAGGGGGCUGAGCAUUGAACCCUGAGUAACCCCGUAAUAACACAAAUACUUGUGCAGCUCUCCUCGUGUCCUCUCUUUCUUUUUUGGUUGUUAAUUUUGGGAACAAGCCACUAAAGCCAGAGGAGAACACAGAACAAUGAUUACACACCCAUGACUGAUCUCACUUGCAAGGCAUUUGUGAUAUUAAUGUUUAGAAGUACGACAAAUUGUGUGUUAAGUUACAAGAUGGAGUGCUGCGAUGGUCUCUGUAAUUACAGGCAGCAAUCUCAGGAAGUCAGGUGAUCUGUGAAAGCUAGCAGGCUACCACUAUGUUGUUGGCUGGUUUCCAUUGGUUUAAGGAUUUCAGGUGCUGUUUUUAAGCAUUGUAUGAUGAAUAAUCUAGUUCUUUGCACUGUGCUUCUCUUAUAUUAAUGACAGAUUCAGCUCCUUUACAUAUUUAUUUCUAUUACUUGUAACAGUUAUGCCAACUUCUGUACAAUUCAUUAAUUCUGCUGUCAAAAGUCUUCUGUAAAGACUUGAUAUUGUUUGGUCCGCUUUUUGUGAAAUUUGUAUUGGAAUUCACCAGAGAAAUAUAAAUUAUUGUAUGUAGAAUUAUGAAUGGUGGAUGGGAGGGAAACAUAUCGUAAACAUUAGAAAUAGAAGAUUUUUUAUACUGGGUGGACAUUUGUGACCCCUGCCCCUUUUUAUAUACUGUAGAUAUAUGCCUUAAAGCUUGAGCUAAAUGUUUGACAUUUAACCACUGGUUAUUUUGAAUCCACACUUCUCCGUCCGCGGGCUGAAUUGCACUUUCAUUCUGUGCACUUAGGCCUGAAAUUGCUCCAUGCUGGAAGUUAUUUUGUCUGAUGGGGUUCAUUAUCUGAUUUGUUGUAAAGAUUGGCACAAACUUGUAAGAUAAGAUUAUUAGUUCUGGCUUUAAAGGCCUCUGUUAAUGUUUCUUUAAAAUUGAUAUAUUGAAAAGCAAACGAUACAUCAUCAGAAUAAGAACCUUUUUUAUAUGUUGAUAAGAAACAUGCUAUACUUGUCAAUGAAAGUGCGUUUUUGUUUGUUUUAGAGGUUAAGUUUUAGCUCGACAGAUGCACAUAAAAUUCUCUUUGCUUGUGUUUUCUUUAGCCAGGACAUCUGUGUCUGUUAUAUUUUUUUCCUUUCUUUAGUUUGAAAAUAAAAGCGAUUCACCGCAACGUUUUCACUGCAUCCCAGCAAAACUGUGGGAGACAGCGAGCGAACACUUCAAGAAACUUUAGGAGGUUUUGUGUUUUUUGAGCAAAUACCAAAAAUAAACACUGGAUUUUACACUU